AGCUGAUUUACUCAUUUCAUUGCAAGUAAACAAGUACUGUGAAAGAGAACCGAUCUCAAAACUUUCUCAUUUCAUCAGAAAUCAACUUGAAGCAUCUGAUCCUAAAUUUAAUUUUAUUAUUAAUAAUAAUAAAAGAUGUCCAGAAGAUUAAGCCACGUGGCAUCUCAGAUAAUGGGCGGAAACGGCGUCGUUGGACGUUCCGUCGCAUCCUCUCUCCGUCAACGCUCCGGUAUGGGUUUACCCGUCGGUAAGCAUAUCAUUCCCGAUAAGCCUUUACCUGUGAAUGAUGAGCUGGUAUGGGACAAUGGAACUCCAUUUCCGGAACCGUGCAUCGAUCGAAUUGCCGAUACCGUUGGAAAGUAUGAAGCACUUGGUUGGUUAUGUGGUGGAUUAGGGUUUUUCGCAACGCUUGGAUUGAUGGCUACUUUGAACGACAAAGCUUCUAAGAUACCGUUUACACCAAAAGUUUUUCCAUAUGACAAUCUCCGGGUGGAGCUUGGUGGAGAACCAUAGGACAUCGGAUGCUACCACACCUAUCAUCUGGUACACUGUGCGUGUCUUUAUCUGUCUAUUUGUUUGCAGUUGGUGUUUGGAAUUGGACUAGAAACUAAUAAUGUAUCAUCUUGAAAUUUGAACAAGCAGCUGAGAUUAUUUGUGGUGUAACUCUUUUGUAAUGACAAAGUUGGUUGUUUCUAUGAUCUUUUAUAUGCA